GCUGAGUCCUGUCGAUAAUACCAUAACCAUGUCUGGACGCGGAAAAACAACCGGCAAAGCCCGCGCUAAGGCCAAAACCAGGUCUUCCCGGGCCGGACUUCAGUUCCCGGUUGGUCGUGUCCACAGGCUGCUCCGCAAGGGCAACUACGGCGAGCGUAUCGGCGCUGGUGCACCCGUCUAUCUGGCGGCCGUGCUGGAGUACCUGACCGCUGAAAUCCUGGAGCUGGCUGGUAACGCAGCCCGCGACAACAAGAAGACCAGGAUCAUUCCCCGCCAUUUGCAGCUGGCCGUCCGCAACGACGAGGAGCUCAACAAACUCCUAGGCGGCGUCACCAUCGCCCAGGGCGGCGUGUUGCCUAACAUUCAGGCGGUGCUGCUCCCUAAGAAGACCGAGAAGGCCUCCAAGAAGUAAUCUGUUGACUUUCAACAUAACCACAAAAGGCUCUUUUAAGAGCCACACAAGUCUUCUUCUUGAGUCAAUCCUCAACAUACUUAUGUUGUAAAUAACUCAUUUAAAGUUUCAAAUUUAUACCUAAUAACACUGAGUGGGAAUGUCUUUGAUAUCUGCAUAUUUUGGUGUCCUAAUAAAAAUUACUUUGGUCAUUUUAAUGUUUUAUAACAUUUUAAUUAAAAUUGCAAUAUUUAGUUAGCUAAGAAUAGGCUCUACAUCAAGGGUCACCAACCUUUUUGAAACCAAGCGCUACUACUUGGGUACUGAUUAAUGUGAAGGGCUACCAGUUUGGUACACACUUAAGUAAAUUGCCAGAAAUAGCCAAUUUGCUCAAUUUACCUUUAACUCUGUUAUUAUUAAUAAUUAAUGAUAUUUAUCUUUGUGGAAACACUGAUCAUCUUAAUGAUUUCUCACAAAUAUAUAUAGAAACAUAAAUAUCAAUAUGCAACACUUUAUUUUUAUAUUUUCUCUAAGUGCACAUUUUUCAAAUUGAACAUUUUCAAAUUAUCAUCUCCAAAACAGUCUUGUGAAAUCACAAUAUCCCAUUUUAACUAG